GCUUCGUUUGGCGCCAAAGGGUCGCUGACGAUAUUAGCAAAGUAACAGCUUUUAAAUAUUGACUCAGUCUAAUGUGAAUUAAUAUUGAAGCAGACGUCCCAUAUAUCGAUUUGCAUAAUUAUCUUAGGACAUAUGUUGGUUAUCGUUUUGCCGAUAUCAUAACAUUUAUACUUGUACUAUUUUAGGGUAAAAUAACAUUAUCGUAGGUCGACGAUAGCAGGUGCGGCAAGUUGUCUUCCAGGUUAGCCUAGCACUUUAUGAGGAAAGGAGAAUGGCAGCUGGUCCAAUGUGUAUGAGGAAGAAGAAAGGGGAAACAAUGGAGUGGACUGGCUUAUUCGACAACGAGCUGAGAACAGAACAGCAGUCUCUGGUGUACGUCAAGAGGAUGAUGGCCGUGGCCGUCUCGUCCAUCACCUAUCUGAGAGGCAUCUUCCCCGAGGAUGCGUACAGGUCCCGGUACCUGGAAGAUUUAUGCAUCAAAGUAUUACGGCAGGACUGCAGAACUCCAGGCGCCUCCAAAGUGGUCAAAUGGAUGAUGGGCUGUUUUGAUGCGCUAGAGAAGCGAUAUCUUCAAAUGGUUUUCAUUGGGGUGCACACCAACCCAGAUAAACGUAAUUGCAUCAUCGAGUCCUACCAAUUCAAGUUCAAGUACACGGAUAAAGGACCGCAGAUGGACGUGCUCCGGAACCAGAAUGUAGAGAUGCAGAUGACCCUGAACGACACCAAGAACGCCUCGGUGCUGCUCGUCAGAAAGCUCUUCCUGCUCAUGCAGAACCUGGAAGCUCUGCCCAGCGACAUCAACCUCAGCAUGAAGCUCUACUACUACGAUGACCUCACCCCGGCCGACUACCAGCCCCCGGGCUUCCAGGAGGGCGUGUGUGACAACCUGUGGUUCGAGGGCUCGGCGGUGCACUUCCGGGUGGGCGGGGUGCAGACGGCCCACCACUCCCUGAGCCUGCGCGUGGCCGCCGAGCAGAGCCGCGUGGAGAAGCUCCAGGAGGGGAACCACAUCAGGGACAGCCGGCCCUCCACCGGGGAGCCCCCCCGCCCCCUGCUGCCACGGCUGGGCGGGAGCCAGGUGACCCCCGAUCUGGACGGAGGCCAGGACUUCCCCUCUGAGGACGAAUCGGCCCAGUUCAAGAAGCCGCAGCGGCCUCUGUCAAAGGGGAAGGGUUCAGUCAGGAGCUUGGCCAAGAAGAGGAGAAUGUAGUUUGAAGGUCGUCGAUGAAAGGGAAGAGGAAAUAAGGAAUUGAUUGCAAUUCUACGUUUUAUUUGCAUCAUUUAUUUUACAUUUAAAAAGUGCUAUGAGAUUAAGAUGUAAGCUAAUGGUUGUAUGAAUUAAGAAUUCAUUGGCUCACAAGCUGGUAUUUAAGGAUUGUUUCAAACUUCACAUUUAUAUUUAAUACAAUGAAAAUAUAACCUGACAAAUCUGUAAUUGUAACAUUCUUUGUUGUAAACAUUAAAACAAUCUGAUAUGUG